AUGUUUGAAGCACUAAACUCGGUAGACAAUAAGGUCAUCAAGAAGUCCGAGGACAACGAAAGGAACAUGUUACUCGCUGAAUACAAUAAGGCACUCGAGACGUUGGAUAUAAGCCUGUUUCUAAAAUACAGGGUGAAGUAUGAUGUAAAUCUUGGGCUAUACAGAAAGGCUCUAGGAUGCCUUAUAUCCAAUUAUACAGCCAAAAAGACCCUCGAAGAGGUCGAGUCGAACGUGGAAAAAUACAGGUUGUUAAGUUACAGGGAGUCGGUGUUUAAUAUAGCAAGAAGGAACAUUGUCGAGAAAAGCAACUUUGUAAGGGCAAGGAAGCUUCUUAAUGUUGCAAGAGAAAACGGGUUCUUCUGCAACGAGCUAUAUGAACUAGAGGAGCUGCUGAACAGUGAAUGGUAUCCGAAGGCAUAG